CAGCGAACCAACUGAAGAGAAGCCAAAGGAGCCUGUGAAAUAUGAGCGUUUGGAAGAGCUUCCUCGCGACAAGGUGGAUUUCAAUGUCGAAGGCUACAAACACAUGGGGAAGUACAUCAAGUACAAAGAUGUAGUGAAGGGCACAGGGAAGCUGCCGAUUAGCGGUCAUCGCGUGGAUAUCAGCUACAAGCUCACUCUUCCUACCGGCGAAGUGCUGGAUAGUGACAACGUCGAGCAUAGUACGCGCAUACCGUUUCCCACACAGUUCCGCGUCGGUCUGGGACAUGUGGUGAAAGGAUUGGAUCGAGCGAUUUUGAACAUGCACAUUGGAGGAGUGAGAGAGAUUCUGUUGGCGCCACCAAUGGGAUUCGGUGAGAAGGGAAACAUUAUGAGCGAUAUUCGUCCAGGCGAAUGCAUUAAGAUGGAGGUGAACUUGCUGGGAUCAAGUUAAGGGAAUGGUUAGAGUGGAAGU